UGAGUGAGUGAGCGAGUCAGUCUUGUCCCGCACGUGGUAGAGGGCGGAUGUACAGUACGCGUGGUCGUGAGGGGCAGUCAACGUGUGAGGUGUGAUGGACUACCCUAUUUUAUUUGAUCUGUAUGACGAACCGAAGGCAGGACGUGGAGAAAAGCCCGCCACCAUGUUCCUGUGGCGUCUACGGUGCGCGGCGUCCUGGCGUGGCGCUACCCUGACCCUCCUCCUGCUGUCCAUUGCGAACUGCUUCUUCUCCUACUACACCUACCUCAACUCCAGACUUCCCUUCGACUUGCCCGCCGUUCAGAGCGAUGACUGCAUUAUCACCAGGAGGGAGCUGGCGAGGCGGGUGAUGCGGGUACAGCGGCAGGUGGAGACGCUGCGAGGUAACAAAGGCGGCGGCGUGCUGUCCCCCAUCAUGGCCCAUGAGCUGCGGGCCAUCGCACGGGAGUUGGAUCCAAGGAUCACCUCCGAGAAGGACCAGAAGACCGCGGUAGUGUCCAAAGGCUACGUGUGCCAAGAGGUGUACCGCGGCAAGGAGGCGGACCUCUCCUUCUAUCACAACUUCAUGCAGGUGGAGUGUGACGACGCGCCGCCCUUCAGGGAGGUGCUCACCGUCAUCCUCUCCACCAAGGGCUGGAUGCAGGAUCGUGUGGCCACUGUGGUGCACAACCUCAAAAAGCACUACGAUGUGGACGUGGUGGUGCUGACUUAUGAUUCGGACUAUGGCCUUGGCCCGCUCAGCGUGGAGGGCGUGUCCGUGCAAGCCUGGAGUCCCGACACCACCACGUCCUCCGCCAUCAACAAGGCGGUGGCCAGCGUGAAGACGCCCUUCGUUCUCCUGUCGGACUCUCUGACGCACUUCUCUGGGGAGCUAUGUUCCCUGGAACGACUGGUGAGGGUGUUGGACCAGGAAGGGGAGACGGCGGCGGCGGCGGCAGGGAGCUACCGGAUAUCUGACGGCACCUGGACGCACGGGUGUCUUCAGCGACGUCUGGAAAACUACCAGCUGGCUUAUGUGUCGGGCUACGAGCACUCCCGCCACGAAUGCAUGUUUUGUGACGACAUCCUGGGGCCCUUCGUGGCGCGCACCAACACCCUUCAGCAAGUGCCGCUGACGGACAGCCUGGACGGGUCCGUCUCCAUGCGGGACUGGUUUAUCAAUCUAUACAUUGCCGGCCACUUCGCCGUCGCCUGUCCGGAUGUCAUGUUCUUCGUGGACGAGGCGCCGCUGAUGGCUCACCAAGACUGGAAGGAAGUGGCCACCGCGUGGGCCGUGCAGUACGUGUGGCCACACGACGGCGAGAAGCAUGAGUUUACGUGCGAGGAGGUGAAGAUGGAAUGUGUCAACAUCAUGAAGAUGGUGUCGUCCUUCCUGGUGCCGCCGUGCUGCCGCGAGGCGCUGCGCCGAGAGCUGGGCCUGGUGCAGGAAUGCGGCGAGGAGCUCGGCCUGUAUGUGGAGCUGCAGGACGGCAGCCUGCUCGGAGCCGUCAAGACAGACGGGAUUCUGCCGUGGGACUUCGACAUGGAUGUGCUGGGGGACUGCAAGGACCAGGAGGUGUGGAUGAAGCAGGGCACGGCGUGCAUGGGGCGCAAAGGCUGCAGCUCCGUCCUCGUUCAGGGGACCUACUGGAUGACCACCUGUAACGUGUCCUUCGUUGACGUGUCAUGCAGACCCGACAGACUUAAGCGGCUGCCGCCUGAGUACCGCAAAUUUCCUACCAAAGUGAACUACAACGGCAGGAUGAUCAACGUGCCGCCGAACCCGGCGCUGGUGUCCAGGAACCACUACGGACCCGAGUACCUGCGUCACGAGGUGCACUGGCGGUACACGGGUAAGGACAAGCGGCUCUGGAACCGCUGCUUCAAGUCGGGUUUCCACGCCUGCCUGGAAAACUUCCCUACCGACGGGAAUAUCAAAUUUAUGGACUUUCCUCACCAACUGGUGGGGCUCUGACACCACUGCCACACCCUCCCCCGCCUCACCUUCCCCAUUGUCCUCCCCCUCCAGGCACCGAGGAGACUGCCCUUGCCGCGGGGUGGUCGGACUGGCGUAUCGUCUUGUGCCCAGGAAAGCAAACACAGUCUUGAGUAGACACACCAGGUCGAGGCAGAAAGACAACCAGACGUGUUGAUAUUUUUAUCAUCACCUUCCCACACAUAGGAACAUUGCGAAUAUUGCAGACGCGUGGCCGGGACAGUGGCGGAGACAGGCCGAGGAGGCGAGAAGUGCCACACCUGCCUUCGUACCUGCAGACCAGGAGUGUGAGUCAGUUUUAAAGUGAUAUUACUAAGGAUAAAGCUUCCAAGUGCCUUUCCAACACACGCUGAUACACACGCUCCUCAAACACACAGACAGGGGAGUGGUGUGCAUUGUCUUCCCUCCACGCCUCACGCUCCACUACACACCGUCCCUUCCGCGUCAGCUAACACACACGCCCAUGAAAUGUGAUCCCGGGGUGGGCUGCGGCGGCGAAGUGUUUGGGUGAUCCCUAGCAAGCCA